AUGCUCCCAAACUCGGAAGCCGAGGAUUCUGGCCCUAGUAUGGAUAUCUCGGAUGUCAGUUCAUUCUUUGAUCCUGGAUCUGCGGCUAUGGACUUCUCUAAUGAAAUGCCUACAUCAUCCGCCACCACUUCCGACAAUGCGCUUUGGUCCGAUUUCCUUCAAACAGACGCACAGUCCGCAUCCACCGAUCUUCCAACGUAUCCUUCCGACCCGCAAAUUUACAAUCAUCUCCUUGGAGGCCUCAAAACACCCCCUGCGGAUGAUGACACUGGUCGCGAUGUGCUCUGGACUUCGGGUGACGCGGAACUGGGGGGUCAAGCGCAUGCAACAAUGGAAAGAAUCAUUCGCUAA